CAAUUUUUAAGAUGAAAAUAGUAGUAAAUGAACCACCCUCAGAUGGGAAAACAGCAAAGGAGAAUGGGGUUAGUGCAAGAAAUGGAGCAAAAGGUGAUAGAGAAGAGACUAAAGAGACUGGAAAUACUCAUCAAACUGAAGAAGAGGAUAUUUUUGAUCCACAGAGAACUACAUGGAGAAUAAUGGCCAUAGUGAGCGUGAUCUUUUAUUUCUUAUACCGACAUAUUUGGCAAAAAGAAAAUCAACUUCCAAAAGUGCUUAUACUUUCAAUUGGUGUUGAGAUUACUCUCUUGUUCAUGGUAAUGUAUCCUAAGUGGAAAUCCAACGAUUUGCAUAAAAUUUUUGGUGAUUCAUCUGUCCAGAUGAUGUUAGGAAUCCUCUUAAUUACAAUGAUGUUUGAUAUAUGUGGAAUCUUCCAAAAUAUGUUUGGAGGGGUCAACAUCCUGAUUCUUAUUGCAAGGGUCUCACGAGUAGGACUAUACUAUUUCCUUGUGGCCAAUUUUGAAUCUGAUAAGGUUAAGGAGAAAAGACAAGCACUUCAAAAUGAAAUCAGUCAAAUUAAAAAGGAAACAGAUCUGAAUGCUAUCCUAAAGAAGUUAGAUGAUAAAUGCGAAAACACAGAUGAGGUACUUAAAGCAGCAAUUCAGAAGGGAAUCGAGGUCCACAAUGACAAUAGAAGAAAGAAAAAGGUCAGACACGGGCUCUUGAAGGCUAGUUUCAUGAGAGAUGAUACUGAGGUCGACCCAACGAGGAUUAAUGAAGUCAAGCUCAAAGAUAUUAACAGAAUUAUUGACUCUAUCGAUGAUCAUCAAGAGGAAUUUUUCAACGAUGACUUCAAUUUUUUGACAAUGGAGGAUCAAUAUGACUUGAAGAUGCUACUAGACUCUUCUGAGGAUCUUGAAUUUGACGUGUUUGAUCUCAAGAAUCAGACAAAUGGAAAUGAAAUGUACGUUUUUGGUAUGCACAUUAUGACCAAAGAAGCAUACUUAGAAGAGUACAGAAUUGAUAAGAUGAAGCUCCAAAAUUUCUUAUAUGCUAUCCAAGAGAGUUAUAAUCCAGUUGCUUACCACAAUAAGACUCAUGCUACUGAUGUGUCUCAAACUGUUUAUUAUUUCAUGAAGAGUUGUGACGUUAUAGAUAUUUGCAAACUCUCUAGGACAGAGCAGAUGUCUAUGCUUUUAGCUGGUUUUAUGCAAGAUGUUGACCAUCCUGGAUAUACCAAUUCAUUCCUUAUCAAUACUAAUGAUCCACUUUCUUUAAGAUAUAACGAUAAAUCAGUUCUGGAAAAUUAUCAUAUCGCAAUGGCUUUCAAGAUCAUGAAAGGGUGCGAACAGUGCGAUAUCUUUGACAAAGUCUCAAUGAAGCAGAACAGAGAAAUCAGAAAACUAAUUGUUAAUUUUAUUCUUGCUACAGACAUGGCCAACCACUUUAGCAAGAUGUUUGCUCUUGAGCAAAGAAGUUCUGAAGAUGAUUUUGAUCCGGCAGGUAUUGAUAAAGAGAUUACAACUGAAUUUAUAUUCCACGUUGCUGAUAUUAAUACCUCUAAGCCUUGGCCUGUUUGUAAAAAGUGGGUAGAUAUGCUCUUCAUAGAAUUUUUCAAUCAAGGUGAUAGAGAAAAGGAGAUCGGUCUAGAGGUAUCUUACUUAAUGGAUAGAGAAACUAUUAACGUUGCUGAAUCUCAAGAUAUGUUCAUUAAUAACAUGAUUAAACCAGCCUUUGUAAUUCUCGAGCAAUUUAUACCUAAUCUAUCCCAAAAUUUGAGGAACCUAGAUGACAAUCUUGAGAAAUGGAAAAAGAAGAUUCCUCAAUAUGCAAUUGGAGUACAUGCCCAUAAAGAGACUAGAAAGCAAACCGAAGGAGAUUCCAGAAAGUCAAGAACACCAGUUAAAGAAGAAAUUGAUAUGAUUGAAGAAGUUGAAAGUGAGCAUGAAGUUGUUAAAGAAGAAGCUCAAGCAGUAGAAGCACCCCAAAAUGAAGAAGAUGUCAAGGCAAUAGAGAUCAACUUGCAAGAGGAAAAAGAAAUCGAGAAGGAAUUGGAAAAGGAAGAAAAUGGCUACGUUAGUGACGACUCCUACGUACCAAGCGAGUACACCCCUUAUUUGUCUUCAAGAAAGAACUCUAGACCAAAAGAGUUUGGAAUCUACCAAGUCCCAAGACAAAUGGAAACCAACACUAAAAAGAAAAUGAGCGGAGUACUUUCUAGAAAGACUCGUUAGAUGAAUUGCUUAUCAUUUUCAAU